AUGGAAGCGUUAAUUCUUUCGCAGCAUGAGUUGUCGCAACGGGUUGCUCGCACGUACGACAACCUGAAAAAGUCCGGUAUCACAAAGAUAAAUAAAGGGCUUGUAGCUACCACGCUCAAGCUUCUCGGCGAGAAAUGGGCUAAAAUUCAGGAUCAGCACAGUCUGCUGAGGAUGGAAUAUUGGAGCGAGGUCAAGAAAAACGAUUACAUCGUUAAGGAUUUUAUGGGUCAGGUCGAGGACAUAUACACUGUUCAGCGCGCCAGUAUCCUCGCCAGCAUCUCCAAGUUUACGGCCUUGACUAAGCUAGAGGAAGCGCUGUCGAAGAAGACCCUGUCCGCGGUGUCCGCCGAGGGCGAGUUUUGGACGGCUCCUCGCACCACGCUACCGCGCAUCCAGCUCCCUCAGUUUUCGGGUCGGUAUAAAGAGUGGCCCUCGUUUCGCGACUUAUUCCAUUCCAUCAUCGGGAAGGACGCCUCCGUAACUCCUGUGGAAAAAUUGCACUAUCUUAAGUCCUGUUUAAAAGGAGAAACUGAGAUGUUAGUGCGAAGUUUGCCGACGACGGACGAGAAUUUUGAUCGUGCCUGGAAAACGCUCACGGAUUAUUACGAGAAUCGACGACUUCUUGUGCGCUCGUACAUCUCCAAGUUUACGGCCUUGACUAAAUUAAAGGGCGAGUCAGCUAACGACUUACGCAAAUUAUAUCACGGAGUAAAAAACACCGUCGGUUCACUCGAAAGUAUCGGCCGACCGAUCACUACCGGUGAGGAUCUGUUCGUGUACCUCGUCGUUGAACUGCUCGAUUCACGAUCGCGGCGCGAAUGGGAAAGUUCGAUAUGCGAAACGACGGAGCCACCGCCAUACGCUAAGCUGGAGCAGUUUUGGGAAAGACGACUGCACACCCUUGAGUCUCUCCAGCCAUUGAAAACGGAAGUCAGUUCGUCGAAGACGAGCACCAGUGAUGCUCGCCAAACACGCUCAUUGCACGUGCGCAAGCAAGAGAGCAAACGCGGCCGCUGCUCGUUGUGCCGUAAAGAUCACUACAUCAUGCUGUGUGACGUCUACCGUGGACAACCGGCUAACGAACGGAAGCAGCAUAUAGUCGAGAAUGAUAUGUGCUUGAACUGUCUCGGAAAGCACAAAGUAAGUGAGUGUUCGUCGCAGAAAACUUGUUCGGUGUGCCGCGAACGUCAUCACACGUCACUUCAUGAUGCGUGCAAACCAAGUGUCGUAGCCACUACAUCGCAUCUUGCGUAUCAGCCGUCCAAGGCUCCCGUAGCCGCGAUACUUGCCACCGCUCGCGUUCGUGUCGCUGACCGUCACGGAGUCAUGCAUACGGCUCGCGCUCUAAUUGAUCAGGGCUCGGAGUCGUCCCUGGUAGCGGAAUCUCUCGCGCAGCGUCUUCGACUCCCGCGCUCGUCUGCCUCCGUUGCGAUCUACGGCAUAGGUGAUAAACAAACUAGCCUUUCUCGCGGGCAAAUCACCCUUAAACUCACCUCACUGAAAGGAGAUUCAGCUAUGACCGUCAACGCCCUGGUACUUUCUCGUCUCACGUCGUACGACGACGCGGCUCGGGCUGAUUGGAAAGGCUGGCCUCAUAUACGUGAUCUGGAACUAGCUGAUCCGAACUUUCUUGACUCGGAUCCGAUUGAGAUUCUGCUAGGUGUCGGCAUCCAUACGGUUAUUCUUCAGGAGGGAAUUCGUAAGGGCGGACCUCAAGAACCUAUGGCACAGCAGACGUCACUAGGCUGGAUUCUGUCAGGGGUAACUGGCACCACAGUUGAUAGAAACAGAGCUACAACUUACCUGUGCUAUCUCGAGGAUGACUUACCCACUCUUGUUGGUCGAUUCUGGCACCAGGAGGAGUUGCCUUCCGCGACAAGCUCCCUUGCUCCGGAGGAACUCGAAUGCGAGGAGUUCUUCAAAAGGACUCACACUCGAACGGCCGAGGGAAGAUACAUCGUGCGUCUCCCCGUGAUCCCUCCUCUGCCUGACUUCUCUCCGACGCGGCGCGCUGCAUUACACGCCUUGACAGGGAUGGAACGGCGCUUCUCACGAAACACUCGUCUGAAAGACCUAUACAAAGAAUUUAUGGGAACGUAUGAAGAGCUUGGCCAUAUGACUCUACUGGAUGGACCAGCAGGUGGGGGGGAACGAGUGAGUUACCUUCCUCAUCACGGCGUGAUGCGAGAAUCCAGCUCAACAACGAAGUUGCAAGUCGUGUUCAAUGGCUCUACAACGACUCCAGCGGGCGAGUCGCUAAAUCGGCAUCUCAUGGUGGGACCCAAUCUACUGCCGCCCCUCGCGGACAUCUUAUUACGCUGGCGGCGACACGCGUACGUUCUCGCAUCAGAUGUCGAAAAAAUGUACAGGCAGAUCCUGGUCCAUCCGGACGACCGCGAUCUGCAAAGAAUACUAUGA